CUCUGAAUACGUCACAGCGACAGAGAUUUAGGUCAAAGUGUGAGGUCUCACUCUCACUCAAUUUCCGCACCCCCCGCUAUCAAAGUCAAUGGGUGCUGCGCGCUUUCGGCAAUGUUGUUAUCAGAAUGAUAUCGCAGCGGGACAGCGUGGAUUUCGCUCGUUUUUAUACCGUCACGGACCCCACGAAGCACCGGAAAGGCUACACGGUUUACAAAGUCACCGGGCGGAUCAUUUCGCGAAAGAACCCAGAAGACAUCCAAGAGAUAACGGUGUGGAAAAGGUACAGUGAUUUCCGGAAACUUCACCACAACCUCUGGCAGCUGCACAAGAAUGUUUGUAGCCAGUCAGAACUGUUUCCACCCUUUGCCAAGGCGAAAGUUUUUGGUCGCUUUGAUGAGUCCGUGAUUGAGGAGAGGCGGCAGUGCCUGGAGGAUCUGCUGCAGUUCUCAGCGAACAUUCCCGCCCUUUACGGCAGUCAGCACAUUCAGGAGUUCUUCAAGGGAGGCGAAGUCCACGACUGCUCGGAGCUCAUCGGACCGUCGUCUGAGCCCUUUUACGAAUUCCUGGCCGACUGCAGCUCGGAUGUUCAAAGAGACAAAAGUUGUGGCGAAGAUUUGACGAUCACAUCAGAGUAUGGAGGCCCGUCCAGUGACAGCAGCGACUUGAACUCGCUGCCCGUGGACACCGACUCUUUGGCGGAGCUAGACGAUGGCAUGGCCUCGGGCCGCACGUCCCCGAGCCAGCCGCACGAGGGCGCCUCCGGCGUCAGCAGCAGCAGCAGCCCCCGCUUGCCCUCCCUGCACGAUCGUCGGCGUUCCCCGGCCCCGAAACCGGAGGGCAACCGAGCUGGCCGCGCGUCGCUCUUCUCCAAAAAAGCCGGCGGCCUCAAGGAGAAACUGAAGGGCGACUACCUGGACAAAGCCGGCGAUCUUAUCUGUGUGGCGGUGCAGAAGGAGAAGGAUCGGGACUACCGGGCGGCGUUCGCCUUCUACAGCAGCGGAGUGGACCUGCUCCUUCAAGGUGUUCAAGGUGAACCGAGCCCGACGCGGCGAGAGGCAGUGAAGAAGAAGACGGCCGAGUACCUGAUGCGAGCAGAGCAAAUAUCCAGCCGGCAUCUUUGCAGCCACGUGGGCCAAGGAUCUACACAAUCAGUGCAGCAGUUGAUGGGGACGCAGUGCUGCGUAUCCACCAGCAGAGGGAGCCGGCAAAGUCUUUCUGACGAUCUGGGUGCUUACAGGGUGGUGGGCGUCAUCGAUAAGGUUCUUUUGGUCACGGACAAGCGAACACGAGAGAUGUUCGUCAUGAAAGGUCUGAGGAAGAGCAGCGACUGCGGCCGACUGAAGAAAACCAUCACGCCCCGCUCCGUGCCUCACAUGGUACAGCUCAAAAAGCUGAUCGACUCGGAGGACAGCGUCUUCCUCCUGCUGCAGCACGCCGAGGGUGGUAAGCUGUGGACCCACAUUGGGAAGUAUUUGCGGGAUUCCAGUCCAGACGACAGCUUUGAAAUUCCUUUCAUCCAGAAAAGCCACACAGUAGCCGUGCACUCGCCACAAUACGGCGCGGGUUCAGAUAGUCCCAACCGCGGGCCCGUCGCUGGACGGGAUUCCGCGCCCUGUGUAAGCAACCAAGUCAAAGACGCUGCUGCAGCCUUCCCGCAUCGAAGCGGCCUCGUCGCCAAGAUCGGGAAAAAAAUGGCAGCCUGCUCAGACUCCGGCGCCACCUCUGAGGAAGAGUGCACCAACAGUUAUUUAACGCUUUGCAACGAGUACGAGCGGGAGAAAGUGGAACCCGACGCGCUGGAGGAGGACAACGAAACGAGGGGCGGCCAGGAAGGGUCGGCCCACGUGGCGCCCGGGGCCGCCUCCUCCUCCUCCGCCGCCGCCUCGCGGGGCCGCCCGCUUCCCAGGAGCGAUGGUCCGCCCUCGGCGGCGGGCUGCCAGGAGCUCGUCUUUUUUGCCAACGCGCCUGACAAGAGGCGAGACGACGAGGGUUGGGACGACGGCGACGUGCAACGGGCGCCGCCGUCUCUGGACCGGUCCAAACGCACGCCCAUGGCGUUUUUCCGGAUUGACAGCAGAGACAGCGCCAGCGAAGUGACCUGCCUUGAUUCAGGAGAGCAGCAGCAGCAGCAGCCGCCCGCCUCCCAUAAACAGCCCCCCGCUUUUUCCCCCUCCGAGGUCGUUGAUGAUCUUCCAGAGCUCGCUCCGGAGGUGGAGGGCCGCACCGCACAGCUUUGGGGGUCAGAUUCUUAUGAUAAAGGUUGCAGUGAGUCAGUGCCGGUCAUUUCUUUUAAAGAGGCGGCAGCGGAGGAUGAAGGUCAUCCGCCGGACCUCUUGGUCAAUCUGCCCGUAACGAGCGGGGCCGCAGACUCCCGACGAGAGGAAUCGGAAACUUCCGUGCCGUGUCCGGGCCUUGAGGUCGCGACCUCUCCUCAAAGGUCCAUCAAGCCGGAUGUUUUACAGCUCCCGGGCCAGUCUGAGGGAGAGGAAGAACAGCGGCCGUCACCUUUGUGUGCGGCCUCCGCGAGUCGUGACCCGGGUGUCGCGUCUUCAUCCGCUUUGACCUCCCUCUGGGACGACUACAGCUUGACAUUUGGGCAAGAAGACACAGAAGAAACGUCUGCUGAACCUCCGUGCCACCAUCGGGACUCUUUACUCAGCGCAGGCCUUCCGGCGGCCUCCUCCCUUUGUGAAAAAGCAAUACACACACACGCAAACGCUGAACUGCAAUACCGUGAGAAAUCGCCGGCGUUCGACGCGCAGUCGGCAGCAGUUUCGCCCGACGGGGUUGCAUUCGACAAAGACGUAUCGCGGCUCUUUGCCGAGCUGGAUGAGAUGUCGCUGGCCGCGUCCCGGGCUCGUAUCCCCGAGGCCUUCGUCCGAUGCUGGGCCGUCGAGCUCGUCGCGGCGCUGGAUUCUCUGCACCGAGAGGGCAUCAUCUGUCGAGACCUCAAUCCCAACAACAUCCUCCUCGAUCGUCAAGGUCACGUUCAGCUAACUUACUUCUGCAGCUGGAGUGAUGUGGAGGAGUCCUGUGACGAAGAGGCCAGCGCUAACAUGUACUGCGCGCCAGAGGUGGGAGGCAUCGGCGAGGAGACGCCGGCGUGCGAUUGGUGGAGUUUGGGUGCCAUCUUGUUUGAGCUGCUGACAAGCAUGUCGCUGCUCCAGUGCCAUCCAGCGGGAAUCGGACGCCACACGGCGCUCAACAUCCCCGAGUCGUUGUCGGAGGAAGCCAGAUCGCUGCUGGAACAGUUGCUGCAGUACAACCCGGCGGAGCGGCUGGGCGCGGGGGCGGGCGGCGCCGACGACAUCAAAUCGCACCCCUUCUUUGCCAAAGUGGACCGGACCGAAUAGACGCUGCCCAACCCUUCCAAGGAUGCAUGCUGGGAAACUGACCGUCACUGUUACACUCCAGGUAGACAGAGUAGAGACAAGAGUCCACUUUUACGUUAGAUUUGUUUCAUUGGCCUUGUGUGCAGUUCCAAUCUUUUCUGUUUGCUCGACUGAUGCGCCACUAAACUUUGUUAGUUUGACA